AUGGAGGGCAUUCCAGUUCCUGUACCAGUCUCAACACCAGUAUGCCAAAAAUUCGAAGAAAAUAAUCCUGAAAUUAGUCUUUGCAUGUAUAAAUGGUCCAAUGAAAAUAAACAGCUUGAGUUCCAGUAUAUAUCAGAAAGAAGAAAGAAAAAUUACAAAGAGGUUAAUCUUCUGGUUAUCUCAGAGCCAGAUGAAAUAGAAAAUCCAUGCUCACAUUAUUAUGAAAAAGGGUUUAAUAAACAUGAAUGUUCAGGAAUAAAUGGCGUGCCACAAGAGCCAAAA